GUUAGUCCGGAUUGGCCGUUCAAAUCUGUUCGACAAAGGAACUCGAGUUCUACUAGUGGACUUCCCCUGGUGCAAGAUUGAGAGGGCACAAUAGAAAUAAACUUGAAAUCUGCACAGCACCGAUGAUCAAACAAAACGGGUUUUGUCGUAGCCGACUUGCAACCAUAAACCAAAACAUGGUAAUAGAGAUUUCUAGACAGUCGUCGUUUUCAACAGCCACUUAGAUACAGGGAUCGAGUCUUGAAAUAGACACUGGAUCAGAGGAGCUGACUAAGUGAUACCCAAAUCAACAGAGCCAUGAUGAGGUCAGACCUUUGGUACAUCUCGACCGUCUUAUUUAUUGGAAUGACCUGGGUCGACGGGCAAAUUUCGUUCUUUCCGGACGAAAAAGACGUUGAAUCAUGCCAGACUCCGAUGAAACAGGAGGGCGAGUGCAUCUCACUUUUGGAGUGUAAGCCUUUGAUUAAGCUUCUCCAAAGGCCGAUCUCAAAUCGCGCUCGAGACUUACUCAGGAGAUCAGUUUGCCGGUAUGCGGGACGAAUCCCCGAUGUGUGCUGCCCAAAGAAGAAUGGAAAGAGGGUUGAACCAACAUCAACUGCUACUGCUACGGCCUCAACAACUACGACUACUUCUACUACCACCCCCACCACAACAACAUCAACAACAACAACAACCGAGUCAAGCAUCCAAGACACAACUUCUGCUGUCGAAGAAACCACCUCGUUCAAAGAUGACAUGACCAUUCCCGAAGACGAAAUCCCAGAUUCCACAACACUUCCUGCGACAAGUACAAGCACAACCACUACAAGCACAACCACUACAAGAACAACCACUACAACCACUACCACUACCACAACCACAACCACAACCACCACAACCACAACAACCACAACAACUACAACUACAACCACAACUACUACUACUACCACAACGUCAACACCCCCGACCAGAAUUCCCGGUUAUGACGAAUGCGGCCAGAGCAUAGUAAGCCAUCCGGUCAAACGCAUCGUUGGGGGUGUUCCCUCCGAACUUCACGCCUGGCCAUGGUUAGCUGCUCUUGGUUAUGAAAAUAACAACGAAAUUAAGUUCUUGUGCGGCGGCUCGCUCAUUACGCGAAGACACGUUCUAACAGCGGCUCACUGUGUCAUCCGAGACAGUCUCAAAAUCGUCCGACUUGGCGAGCACGAGAUUGGCAAUGACGACGACGGUGCCAAUCCGAUCGACGUGAAUGUGGUUCAAAGGCUCAUCCACGAUGGUUAUCACUCAUCAUUCUAUCACAAUGAUAUCGCUAUUCUAACCUUGGAAAGGGAAGUCGAAUUCACGGACUUCAUUCGACCCAUUUGUUUGCCUCUACUAAGUCCAAUUGUUUCGGAACAGAAAUUCGAACGGUUCUUUCCCUUCAUCGCAGGAUGGGGUAGCACUCGAUUUAGGGGUCCAACCUCGAAUCAGCUCUUGGAAAUUCAACUUGAAGUUUUAUCCAACACCGGUUGUAUCGACACGUUUAAAGAGUUCGACAACGUUAACAUCACAAGCAACAAAUUGUGCGCCUACGACCAGUUUGAAAUCAAAGACGCGUGCCAGGGAGACUCGGGUGGUCCAAUGAUGACUCAGCAAGGGCCCUUCGUGGAUUUAGAUAUCCCCGACGAUCGCUGGUUCCAAUUGGGAAUAGUAUCCUUCGGAUAUAAAUGCGCUGUCCCCGGAUUCCCUGGGGUUUACACUCGCGUUACAGAAUACGGGCAAUGGAUUCGUAACAAUCUCGACCAGCCCUACUCUUCUGCCGUGGCUUUACAAUAACUCUUGCAUCUUCAUACGCGUAUAUUAUGUCUAGAAUAAGAAUGCUCAAAAAUGGUUA